AAAAAUUCAUCAUGACCUCCGAAUCCUACUUCUCCUACCGCCGCCCUUGGGACAGCUACAGAGGCUCCCGAUCCAUCACUAAAUCAUCCAUGUCUUCCUCCCUCUACUCUACUCCUCGAGCUCCUCCGUCCGGGAAGAGGAUCCUGAGGCUGGCCUCCUCUUCCCUGCCAGAUGGGUCUGAGAGGAUGGACCUGGCUCAGGCCAGCUCCGUCAACACAGAGUUGCUGGGUCUGCGUUCCCAGGAGAGGGAGCAACUUGUGGACCUCAACGACCGCUUUGCCACCUACAUCGAGAAGGUGAGGCACCUGGAGCUGCAGAACCGAGCCCUACUGGCAGAGUUGGACGCGCUGAGGAGACGACAGAAUGAUCCAUCCCGUCUGCAGAGUCUCUAUGAGGGGGAGGCGCGGAGUUUGAGGGCCAUGAUUGACUCGGAAAACGGGGACAAGAUGCGGAUGGAGGCGGAAAGGGAGCACCUGCGUGAUGUCUAUGAGCAGAUGAAGGAGCGCUAUGAAGAGGAGGCGAGGCGGCGUAUGGAUGCAGAGGAGGCCUUGCAGAGGGCCAAGGAGGAGGCCAGCAGGGCCGUGCUCUACAACUGUGAUGCUGAGGCCAAUGUGGUCUCUCUGUGUGACGAGAUGGCGUUCCUGAAGAAAGUCUUUGCAGAGGAGCAAGCUGAGCUUCAAGCCCAGCUGCAGGUGGCUAACAUCAGCGUGGAUGUGGAGGUGUCCCGGCCUGACCUCUCCAUCGCCCUGCGAGACAUCCGGGCGCAGUACGAGCGGCUGGCAAACAAGAACAUGCAAGCUGCCGAGGACUGGUAUAAGAACAAGUUUGCGAGCGUGGCAGAGAUGGCCAGCAAAAACAACGAGGCCGUGCACGCCAUCCGGGAGGAGACCUUGGAGUACCGGAGACUGCUUCAGUCCCGCUCCUCGGAGAUUGAGGCUCUCCGAAACGUCAUCGACUCCCUAAAUAAGCAGCUGGAAGAGUUGGAGGAGACACAGGCAAAAGAGGUGGCAAAGUACCAGGUGAGGAUAAGUGAACUGGAGCAGGAUAUCACUGAAGCCAAGCAGGAGAUGGCGCGUUACCUGAGAGAGUACCAAGACCUUCUCAAUGUGAAGAUGGCUCUUGACAUUGAAAUAGCUGCGUACAGGAAACUUCUGGAGGGGGAGGAGAUUCGAAUGUCCUACCCUGCCCUUCCUGCAAUAAAUUAA